AUGGAAGGAAAAAAGUCAAUUGCGGGGCAUUCAACAGAAGACAUUCAGCUGAAAUUGGACAAGAAGCUCGGUCCAGAGUAUAUUUCGAAAAGAGUAGGCUAUGGAAGCAGCAGGGUUGCUUAUAUAGAAGGUUGGAGAGUUAUCAAUCUAGCUAAUCAGAUAUUUGGAUAUGACGGCUGGUCCACAGAGGUCAAGAGUGUAACGAUAGAUUUUUUAGAUGAGCGUCAAGGCAAGUUUUGUAUAGGUUGCACCGCGAUCGUUCGUGUAACACUCAGUGUAGGGGGGUAUCGAGAAGAUAUUGGCUAUGGAACUGUGGAAAAUGAAAGAAGAAAAUCGGCAGCCUUCGAAAGGGCAAAAAAAUCUGCGGUUACGGAUGCGCUAAAGAGAUCUUUAAGAGGGUUUGGCAAUGCGCUUGGCAAUUGCCUUUACGACAAAGACUUUCUCUCAAGAAUUGAUAAAGUGAAGUUUGAUCCACCAGAUUUUGAUGAAGGCAAUUUAUUUCGUCCAUCUGAUGAGAUAACUGAUAGCUCAAGGUCAAACACAGUGGAUACCUCAGAAGUAAGACAGAACAAGAGGCGACAAAUAACUAAAGUGGGGAAUAGUAUAAAAACAACUACUGCGAUCGGAAAUGAAGCACAACCCACUGAGGAGAUUCAAAUCAACAGAAAUGAUUCACAGCCCGGGAAUAAAGUUGAUACAGAUCACAUGGAUGUCGAUACAGUAACAAAACAGGAACCAGAUGAGCUAUUGGACGACUCCUUGAUGUUCAGUGAUGAUUUCCAAGACGAUGAUAUAAUAAACAUGGAGAGAAAAGAUCAGCCACGACCUGUGGAAAAAAAGGCGCCACAUGUCAAUGAUACAUCAACACCUGAAAACGCAAUGGAACCGAUAACCUUCGUGACAGCAAGGGCUGCAUCUUCCUUGCAGAACAAAAUACCCGUGACGCAUGAAAGUGUAUUUGAUCCAAAGUAUCAAGCCCAAUCGAUUAAACAUACAGUUGAUCAAACAACUUCAAAACAUGUGCCAACUACAGUUUUCAAAGAAAAGGGUAUUAAUGAUUCGAGAGAUACACUUUAUGAAAAAUUUGCGCCAAAGGGUAAAGAGAUUGGUUUAGCGAGUCCCACACUCACUAGCGACGCCAAGGAAGUAGCGCCUGGCUCGUCUACACCGAGUGCAUCUCCCCCCUCAGUCCCUUCUCCAGCUUUUCCAAGGUUUGCACCUCCUACAACUGCGUAUACAAAUGGUUCAGCGUCGAUCUCCACCGUACUAAAGCCUGCUAGAAGAGAAGUCGGGAGACCAAAACUUGGUCCUGUAUAUCAAAGAAGAGCAAAUCCUUGA